AUGCCUUCGUCCAUGCGGUACCUCUUUAUAGUUUCUGUCUCCAGCGUGAUCGUUUUCAUCGUGCUCUACGUGUUCAGUUUUGGAGGCGACCAAAGCUUCCAGAGGCUAAAUAGCUCGGACACUUGGAUGCUGACUCAAAUUUGCACAUCCUUUAUCAACGGGAAAACGCCUUUCCUGUGGAGAAAUAAACUAAUGAUCUAUGAGAAGUCUUCUUGCAAGGAAUACUUGACCCAAAGCCAUUAUAUCACGGCCCCCUUAUCUAAAGAAGAAGCUGCAUUUCCUUUAGCAUAUAUCAUGGUCAUCCAUCACAAUUUUGAUACCUUUGCAAGGCUCUUCAGGGCUAUUUACAUGCCCCAGAAUAUCUACUGUGUCCAUGUGGAUGAAAAGGCCACAGCUGAAUUUAAAGAUGCAGUAGAGCAAUUACUGAGCUGCUUCCCCAAUGCUUUUCUGGCUUCAAAGAUGGAACCAGUUGUCUAUGGUGGGAUUUCCAGGCUCCAGGCUGACCUGAACUGCCUCAAAGAUCUUUCAGCCUCUGAGGUUCCAUGGAAGUACGCCAUCAACACCUGUGGCCAGGAUUUCCCCCUGAAAACCAACAAGGAAAUAGUUCAUUAUUUGAAAGGAUUUAAAGGGAAAAAUAUUACUCCAGGGGUACUGCCCCCAGCUCAUGCAAUUGGACGGACUAAAUACGUCCACCGUGAGCAUCUGGGCAAAGAGCUCUCCUAUGUGAUAAGAACGACAGCUUUGAAGCCACCUCCUCCCCGUAAUCUCACCAUUUACUUUGGUUCUGCCUAUGUUGCUCUAUCAAGAGAGUUUGCCAACUUUGUUCUCCAUGACCCACGGGCUGUUGAUUUGCUCCAGUGGUCCAAAGACACUUUCAGUCCUGAUGAACACUUCUGGGUGACACUCAAUAGGAUUCCAGGAACUGGAGUUGAGAGCCGCUCUGGAGAGCAUCUCCCCAGGGAGGAAGGCAAGCGUGGCCGUGUCAGCGGGCUGUCCAGCCUGACCUGCAAGGGGUGCAUUUUAGGAUAA